AUGUGGCUUGCGACCUCCGCGCAGAUGCCUGAGGAGGUGGGAGGCCAUUGCUCUUUUGGAUGGAAAUGGGCCGCCGCGUGGGGCGUUGCCGCGGCCUUCCUGGCGUUGGCCACUCCAGAACUGUCGAUGGAUCCAUGGUCCGUUCUUCCACUUCCGGAUGUGAGGCGAAGCUGGGCACCCUAUGCACCCUGGGCACGUAUCCACAUCGUGGAAGCUCACGGAGAGGUCCUCCGCCACUGGCCCACAGAAAGCGCGGCUAAGCCGAACAUGGGCUCUUGGUCCGAGCCGGUAACUCUUGUCCAUAUCGACUCUCACAGCGACAUGGCGCCUUUGGAGACAAACAUAUGGGCUGAUUUCCUCGAGGAUAUAGAGGACUGCGAUGCGCAUUGUGCCAGAAUGCAUCGUAAACAGUGGCAGAAGGCCGCAGCGGACAAGGUUUUCGUAUCCGACUUCAUUACGGCGGCCCUAUGGCUGGGCUUGCUGGAUCGAAUUAUCUGGAUCCGGUCAGAUUUGCCUGGGAUGGGAAGGUACAACGGCCCACCACCUGGACGAUACAAGGCGCAGGUGGAAUGGAACCUGUGGACCUCCGAGGGGGAAGUCGUCUUCGAGGAGCUCUGCCUACGCCAGUUAGAAGUGCUGGAGGUCUUCCCACUCACCGAGUUGACGGGGAUCAUGGUGCAUGAGGCUUUUGAUUCCUGCACGGAGGUGGAGGAGGGAGCGGCCGAGAGGGAGUUGCUUCUCCACCGCAACUUUACCCUGACGGUGGGGACGCUCUUUCAGGUCCUCAAGAGGCUGCAAGACGGUUUAUGGACAGCAAGUUCGGUGCUGCAGAGCGACAAAUCGCGUGCCUGGAUUCUGGACCUGGAUUUGGACACCUUCUCUACCUACGACCCUGCUUUGAGAUUGAUGCAAGAAGCCAACUUUAGCCAAAGCUUCGUGGAGAAGGCGGCAGACCUCUUGAACACCAAUCGGGCCUGCUCCCAGUCCCACAAUGAAUCGUUGAUCGGAUGUGGAUGUCUCUCUUCACGUGUGGCGGAGGUGGAGGACUACCGCGCAGCCUUGCUUCAAAAUCUCAGCCAGCUCCCGGCUGCUUUGCGGGCUGCUCCUGGCGAUCAGCAGCGGCAGUUGCUUCUCGAAGGACUCGCGGAUUGUGAGGUUGACACGGGUGCCUCGGAGAUGCUUGCGAACCUCUCAACCGAGGAAGGUGAGCGUUGGCGCUGGGUAUUUGAGACAGCUUUGCAGGAGGGAUUCGACGACGACCUAGCCAAAUCGAUGCUGGAGGGUGCGAUGGGCGUGCACCAUGUCAGCCGAUCGGAAGCGGUCCGACACCUGGAAGCCUUCCACGACAUCCUGGGGUAUGUCGCGCAAGUGCCACCUGAGGUGGUGACCAUUUCGCGGUCGAGGCUGCCCCGCUUCAACAGGUACCUCCCGGAGAGUCUCUGGCCGAUGGUAGAGCACCAGGCGAACACUGGCUGGCAGCUGCCUUGUACAGAAUCCGGCACCGAAAGAACGGGCGGACUUGUGCCAGCUCGUAGAAGCCAACCCAGGGCGUUCCAACCCGUCGAGUUCCCGAGAGUGCUUUGCUUCUCGCAGGGAAUCAUGCUUGCUGGUGUGGCUGUCGAAUUCGCGAGCGUAUGGAGCACGUGCACAUACCGACAUACUACCGCGUGUGCUGGAGAAUGUCCGGCCAAAGUCUCAUCAAGGCUUGGCCUUCGGAUGUGGACACAGAGUUAG